AACAGAAAGUUAUUAACCACAAAGAAAAUUUUCAAUAAAGCCUCGCGCAGUCACACUUCACAAGUGUCGAUAUCAAAUCGAAUACUCGAGCAUUCUCAGUACAGUAUAUUCCCCCUCCUUCCAAUUCAUUAUUCCCCUCUUUUCCCUUGGUCACUUCGCUUCUACGGCGGUCGGCGGCGUUUCUCUCUUCACACCGGCUAAUCUCCUCUUCUCUCUUCUCCCUCUAUAAAGCAUCUUAUUUCUAGUGAAAGUAAGGCGUUGUUUUUCCCAAAAAGCCAUGUCUGUAGCUCCUCUCCAGCCAAAUUUCCAACAAUGCGCCGCCGCCGCCUCCCUCGCUUCGUCCACCUCUCUCUUCCCAUCCUCUUUUUCUUUUCGUUUAAUCACUUUAAGACCUUCAAUUUCGGCUCUUAGACCUGUUGUUUGUUGCUUAUCGCAAUCUCAGGUCUCAGUUGUUAAUGGCAAAAUCGAUAAUAGAGUUUCUGAGAGGAAUGAGAUUCGUCUCGGUUUGCCUAGUAAAGGCCGCAUGGCUUCUGACACUCUUGAUUUGCUAAAGGACUGUCAACUGUCCGUCAAGCAGGUCAAUCCACGACAAUAUGUUGCAGAAAUUCCUCAGCUAUCCAAUUUGGAAGUCUGGUUCCAGCGACCCAAAGACAUCGUACGGAAGUUGUUAUCAGGAGAUUUGGACCUUGGAAUUGUGGGUUUUGAUACAGUCAGUGAAUAUGGAAAAGAGAAUGAAGAUCUUAUCCUCGUUCAUGAUGCUCUUGACUAUGGGGAUUGCCGUUUGUCCCUUGCAAUUCCUAAAUAUGGGAUUUUUGAAAAUAUAAAUUCAAUGAGGGAGCUAGCACAAAUGCCUCAAUGGACUGCUGAGAAACCCCUGCGAGUCGCUACUGGCUUCACUUAUCUAGGUCCUAAGUUUAUGAAAGAAAAUGGACUGGAGCACGUGACAUUUUCAACUGCUGAUGGAGCAUUGGAAGCUGCUCCCGCGAUGGGUAUAGCUGAUGCUAUUUUGGACCUUGUGAGUAGUGGAACAACACUAAGAGAAAACAACCUGAAAGAAAUUGAAGGUGGUGUUGUUUUGGAGAGCCAGGCUGUUCUUGUUGCUAGCAGGAAAUCGUUAAUGCAACGGAAGGGUGCACUAGACACGACACAUGAGAUUCUUGAAAGGCUGGAGGCACAUCUGAGGGCAAUUGGUCAGUUCACGGUGACUGCAAACAUGAGAGGAAGUAGUGCAGAUGAAGUGGCUGAACGUGUACUGAGCCAGCCAUCAUUGUCUGGGUUGCAGGGGCCUACUGUAAGUCCAGUUUUUUGCAAACGGGAUGGAAAAGUUUCACCAGAUUAUUACGCUAUAGUCAUUUGUAUCCCGAAAAAGGCAUUAUAUAAAUCUGUACAGCAACUGAGAGCGAUUGGAGGAAGUGGAGUUUUAGUUUCUCCUUUAACCUACAUCUUCGACGAAGAGACUCCAAGAUGGCGCCAGCUUCUUUCAAAACUUGGGUUGUAACUCCUGUCAUUGGCCUUUAUCACGUCUGUUUACAGUAGUGUUGCUUCUUGAAAUACCUUUGCUUUCAUUUGCCAUAAGGGACAUCUUCUGAUCUUGGGUAUAUUAGCAGGACUUGAGUUGCUUAAAGAAUUUUGUAAUGUAUCUGUAUUCUGUCUCGUGAUUUGAACUCUUGCAGAAGAAUUCGCUGUAGUUAAGAUUUUGUACCAUGAUAACCGUCCCCCAUCUCGUCUUUCAUUCA